AUGCGCGUCUCAAUCAGCUUUGUAUUACUUACCCUUGCAGUCAUCGCUUCUUCUGAGGUGAAAACUAGGCCAGCCAAUGAAGUAGCUCGUCAAAACCUUGGAAGUCUUCAAGAACCUCGCUUGAUGACCCGAUGUGAUUCAUGCGGAAGUAAAAGUGCGACUGAUGCAUCAACAUACGGCGGUAGCAAAGGAGACACUGUGGUAGAUUCGAGAUCGUCAACUUCGGCUGACCAAUCAACUCCUGGAUCCACCCCACCGGCCAGUGUUUCGAAAGUCCCUGGUAGUAGCAAUGCUGACACACAGGCUGCUACCAAAAAAGAUACUUCCACUCUGGAUAGUGGAAAAGCCCAAGCUGCUGGGACCGCUACGACUGAUCAAGCCGGCGGCACCACACAGGCUGACAACAAAGUCGAUGGUACUGAUACGCCCAGUGACACCGGUACAGCUGCUCAAACCCUUGACUCGCAAAAUUCACAAAACACCAGUUCCUCGAAGACAACUGCCAAUCAAUCUGCCGCAAACACGGUGCCUGGAGGACUCGCCGAUCAAAAAUCUGAGAGUACUCCAGACACUCAACAAACCACAGGUACUCAAAGUACUCCAUCCGGAGCUACUGGGAGGACUCAGCUAGCCCAAUCUGCUGAUAGUACUUCAAACAAUGGUGCUCAAUAUGGCCAAAACAAUCAGCAAGCCAUUGAUACCAGCACAACUACUCAAUCCCGCGAUACCACUAGAAGUUACCAAGGAUUGGUUGAGAGCUGCCAACAACUACUCCCUAGAUUCAUCAGGUUUACUCAAAUCGUUUCACGACCUGAUGUAGAUUACAAUUCUGCGCUACAAGAAUUUGCCUCAAUUCGAAGCCAAUUUGAGGAAAUCGUGAAGACUUAUUCAUCAUGUGGUGGUGGUUGUGCUCAAAAUCAAGAUCUCCUUUCAGUCGUUGGAGUUCCUGGAGUGCCGUAUUACAGCGUAGGUUUUAUAUAA